AGCAAAGAGUGGAAGAUGUGCGACUCAUUCGGGAUCAGCAUCCAACUAAAAUACCAGUGAUCAUCGAAAGGUACAAGGGAGAGAAGCAGCUUCCAGUUUUGGAUAAGACCAAGUUCCUGGUGCCAGAUCAUGUCAACAUGAGCGAGCUAAUCAAGAUUAUCAGGCGACGCCUGCAGCUGAACUCCAACCAGGCCUUCUUCCUCCUGGUGAACGGACACAGCAUGGUGAGCGUCUCCACGCCCAUCUCCGAGGUGUACGAGAGCGAGAAGGACGAGGACGGGUUCCUGUACAUGGUCUACGCCUCUCAGGAGACUUUCGGAGCGCAAUCUUCUGUCUAAGACCCGCGAGCGGCUUCUAGCCUAGGAUUUCGGUUUGCCCUUGGCCAUCACCCCCACUCUUCCCCACACACCCCCCCAGGGAAAGAAACGGAUGUCACCUCCGCUCUCAGUACCUUAGCAUAGUCUUGCUUUAGCAGGUGUCUCAUCCUACCUUGCCUUGUUUGUGACUAUUCAACAGUGCAGACGAGCACCUCCAGCUUCGAAACCUGCUGUUCAUGAUUCCACACGGGCACAUUGACAUUUCUGGACGUGAUGAAUGGAACCCAACUGUGCAUGUGACAACUGCAAAGAAAGGGACACUCGAUUGACUUUUAACAAGCAAACAGGCACCAGGGAGGAGCUAAAGUGUUUCGUGUGACAGUUUUCUGGAAAAUCUCCCUAUAAAGUUUUUUGUUUGUUUGUCGUUUUUUUUUGUUUUAAAAAUGGGAAGGCUUCUCGUGAGAGCAAAUAUGGUUUAAUGUUCCAAAGCUUUUGUCUCCUGCAGCUCCAUCAGCCUCGUGUCAGUGCUGCAGGGAGUUCAGGCAAGCGCUUGGGGUGAGCUGGGGGA